CUGACGCCGACUGCCUGACCUCACCCAACCAGCAAAAUAAGCAAAACUGAAGCGCACCCUCUCUCUCUCUCUCUCUUCCCUCCGCCUUUCCACUCUUUUCUUCUUCGCCUCUGCAAUCAUCUUCCUUUUGCACAUUACUUGCUAUUUAUUACACCCUGUCCUCGACAUUGAAUUCAUACAACUCUUCCUCACCUUCUCCCUCUCUCUUCCGAGUUUGCUUAUCUCUCUUCACUUGCGUUCACCAGUAAGCAAGGAAAGCACAUCUAUUCUAUGACAAUGGCGGAUUGGACGCCUAAUACUCUCUCAUAAUUACGAGUAGCAAAAUCUAAACAACGCAAACACCCUCGCCUCAACCAUGGCCAUUGCCGCCGGCCUUACUAAUUACUGUUCCCUAGCCCAGUUUUCCGACUCUUAACCCUGCCGAGUCGAGAGAAACAAACAACCGCCACAGAAUCAAGAAGAAGAAGAAGAAGAAGAAGAAAGGAAGAAUGUGGAAGAGAUUGUUCUGGUCUUGGUCCGCCGCCGCUGUUGACAAAUCCUCUCGCCCUUACCCGCUCGGUGGACUGGUAUUCAGAUGUCAUCCACUUGUUUCUCGUCCCCCGCCACCUCCCUCCUCGUCCUCCGACCCGACUUGUUAUUUUUGUCGCCGGAGGCGAGCUGCAGCCGUCUUCCCAUUUUCAUCGCCGACUCUAGCCUCAGCAUCUUGCUCCUACUCUUCUUCUUCUUCCGACUCUAACAACGGCGGUAAUGCGACACCGCCGCCGUCCGCCGGAGGGGGACGGGAUAAUGAGACGCUGAGCUGCACGGAGGCGAAGAGGCUGAUGAGGUUGGUGAACGUGGAAGCGCUGAAAGGCAAGCUCGGGAUGGAAGGGAAGGAAGUCAUCCCUUACGACGACCUCCUCGCCGCUUGCCGAUCCAUGGGAGUAGCUCGAUCUUCCGAUGAGGCCAUCGCUUUCGCUCGCGUCCUUGACGACGCCGGCGUUGUGCUCUUAUUCCGGGACAAGGUCUAUCUUCAUCCUGAUAAGGUGGUAGAUCUGAUACGAAGAGCAGUUCCACUGGCCCUAACACCAGAGAACGACCCGAUGAGGGAUGAGCUGAAGAAUUUGCGGGAAAAGAAGGAAGAAAUCGACGUACUAGCACAUAGACAGGUGCGGCGCAUUCUGUGGGGAGGACUGGGGCUAGCUGUGGUUCAGGUAGGCCUCUUCUUCCGGCUCACUUUCUGGGAAUUCUCAUGGGAUGUGAUGGAACCCAUUGCGUUCUUCACCACCACAACUGGGAUCGUGAUAGGCUAUGCAUACUUCCUCUUCACUGCAAGAGACCCAACAUACCAGGACCUGAUGAAGAGUUUGUUCCUGUCGAGGCAGCGGAAGCUGUUCAAGAAGCAUAACUUCAACGUUGAGCGGCUCAAGGAGUUACAGUGCAAAUGCAAAACACCCUUUGAUGCUAGUACCUUUAUUAGAAAUCGGACAGGGAUGGAGCUAGAGCUAGAUGAUUCAUUCAGCAAGGAUUAACUAACUUUUAACCCCCGUUUUGUUUUGUUUUGUUAGUUCACCUUUCUACACGAAUAUAUAUAGAUGACAUAAACCAAUGUAGUUUCCUUCUCGUUUUCAAGCUUGGGCAGGGAACACAUUGUGAGUUUCUCUUUUUGAUUGGUUCAUGAUUUUGAGUCGGCCAAACGCCAGGAUUUUGUACUCAUUGCACACUGGUGUUGGUGUGCUCUCACAAGCUCCCCGAACUUCUAAUGUACUAGACUAUUUUUUUUUUCCGGGUAGAAAAAGAAGAAAUGAAAAGGCAUCAUUAAC